GGUACCAAAUAAGGAAAUGACGUCCUCCAUGUGCAGAGAUGGUCGCAAAUAGGAAACCGAAGCUGAGAGACACUUGAUUUAUGAGAGCACAGACCAACUGUGGGAUUUGGUGCUGUGACAAAACGAGGUGCUGGUUCUUAGCCCAGCUGUUGUGGGACCCUGUCCACCUCUUGAGGAAAGCAACCAGGAAUGAUGAGUGACAUAGCAGAGGACGAGACCAGCUUCUAUUCCAAUGCAGAGGACUACUGGAGGGACGUCUCCCCCACUGUGGACGGCAUGCUGGGAGGCUACGGCAGCAUCUCCAGCAUCGACCUCAACGGAUCCAAGGCUUUUCUGCAGAAGUUCCUCGGUGAGGGUGAGGGGAAGACAGGCACAGGCUGUGCUCUAGACUGUGGAGCCGGUAUUGGGCGGAUCUCCAAGCGUUUGCUGCUGCCUCUCUUUCACACGGUGGACCUGGUUGAUGUGACGCAGGAAUUCCUGGACAAAGCCAAGACCUACCUGGGCCAGGAUGGCCAACGAGUAGGCAACUACUUCUGCUGCGGCCUGCAGGACUUUGCACCAGAGAAAGGACGCUACGAUGUCAUCUGGAUCCAGUGGGUCAUUGGCCACCUGACAGACAGCCACCUGGUGGAGUUCCUGCGACGCUGUCAAAGCGCCCUGCGGCCCAACGGCCUCAUCAUCAUCAAGGACAAUGUGGCGUAUGAGGGCGUGGUCCCAGACGAGGUGGACAGCAGUGUGUGUCGCGAGCUGGGCAUAGUUCGCAAACUCGUAGGCCAGGCAGGUCUGCGCAUCAUCCACGAGGAGCAACAGAUGAACUUCCCAAAGGAGAUCUACCAAGUCCACACGCUGGCCCUCAGAUAGAGAGAAGAGGAGGCCGCAAAGGGAGUGAAGGAGGAGGGGUAGAGGAAACAGGAAUACUGGAUGCUGUACCGAUACUUAAAUAAACUUGGGUGGGCAAACUCAUGUUUUUUCUGAAUCGGUCUCCGUUAUCACACAUCAGGAGGGACAUGUGAACUCUGAAAUUUCUUCACACUCAGGACAACUUGCUUACUAACUGAGUCACGGUUGAGUAACCAGCCACAUCACCUGCAUCAGCUGCAGAUUUUAAGUUGUUAGAGUAUAUUUUACAUGACUGCUUUCCUCCUAACAAGCACAAUUUGUGGAAAGACGAAUUCUGACUGUACAUACCCGGGUUGCCAGGUUACCAUCAGUAAAAACAUCCCCAUUGUUUUCCACAUGACGGGGGUCAUCACCAUCGUGGGCAACGUCAGAUGAUGUUUCUCCAAAGAGACUGUUUUUGCCGUAAUAACAUCUGGACUGGUCUCAUGCUGCCUUCCUCUAGGAGCAGGAAAUGUCCGUUUUAUGGGAUGUAGUUUGAUUUUGGCAAGAAGUCAAAACUCUUCUGGUUAGCUAUGGUUUUAUUGUAUUUAUUUUCCAAUUACAUGGCAGUGAUGUUUCUGAAUUUGAAAUGUUUCCUCUUCCUCUUUCUGCUUUCUACUUCUUGUUCUUCAAUUCCAGUCCUCUUUUUAGAAAAUGGGUGGGUUUCUCUCUGCGGGCAGUCGCCAGAGAGGUUCUUUUACGAUGACACUCUGCUGACACUCCCCUCAUCCCCGCCCCAAAUGGAAAGGUCAUGGGGUUACAAAAACUGAUAGGUUUCUUCCUCUAGUGUUCAUGAAUGUACACAGCACAUUUGAAAUAAGUUAUCGUGUCUGUAGUCAGAAUAUGUAAUGGUGAAACAGCAAUACUCCCAACAUGAUCUUUUAUCUUUCUUGUUUUAUUUAGAGCCCAAAAUCAUUGUUUACCUUCUCUUUACAGGUCCACAAGUUUACAAAAAACAAAACAAAACAGGACACCACCUUCUGACAUUAUCUUGUAAUCGUGGGGAAGAACAAAUGUCUCUAAAUGUGUUCCUCACUUCAACCCAACCAGUGCGGUUUCACUUACUGAAUAUAUGUAACAGCACAACUUUUGAAUGAAAGUGGACAUGACUGAAUACCAGUGCCAGCUAUUUUGUAUAAACUGAGUGACAUAAUCCCAAACUGUUAAUACUGACUAAAUGCUUGACUGUCCUGUCAAGAAACAUGUUUUUGCCAGGUUGCUGGAGGAAAUGUCAACUGUUUUGCUAAACAAAAAUCUACAGCAUGGCUGUUGGAAUAUAAAAGGCCAUAUUUUGGAUAAGA